GAGAGACCGCUAACGCCGAAGCGCCGCUUUAAGUUACAGCUCGUAAUAUCAUAAGCAUCGUAGCAUCCAAGAAAAGAAAAGAAAUUCCCAUUUCCUUCGUCCAUCCAUCGAUUUCGAUGCCCUUUGCCAGUCGCCCCUUGAGUGCCAGCCAACGGUUUUAAUGUUUUCGCCAGUUUGCAACAAUUGCCAAACCUCGCUGAGAACUCCGCGCACCACCAACGCCAAGAUCCACUACAAGCAGAAACACAAACAGUCCACCCUGAGCUGACGAGCAAUUUUUUAAAAUUUAAUCCACCAGCCACAAGUCAAAAUAAACAAACGCCAAACAAGUGCAAAAAUACAGGGCGUAACCGCGCAGUAAAAACAAAUAUUUAAAACGGUGCAAAAAGAAUACAUUUUGUUCAAAUUUAACAGAACGCAAAAAAAAUUAAUUGCCAAACAAUAAGCCCCCGAAACACAGGUGCAAGCAAACCCAAAGAUCUCCAGGUCAAAAACGAACACAAGCCGAAAAAACCAGCCAACAGACCGCUAAGCGAGGCAGACACAACUGUACCCAUCUAAGCAGAGCUUAGAGCAAAAAGCAACCAAAAAACCCCGACAAGUAAUCCCAAUUUCUUUUUUGCUACGCGCACAAGAAGCCAAAAAACCCCUGAACUAUAGAAUGGUAGAAGGUGAUUCCGCAAAGGGCAAAAGCGAAUCCUAUAAUGUAGAAGCUGGACUACAACCAAACUACAACCAGAGCGCAGCAAGCAACCAAGCAAGCAACCAUCCCACUGGCCAGGUCAACGCCCCAGCCACCGGAAACGCGACCUCGCACAUCGACAACCGAGCGAUCAUCCAGCCGUACUCCUUGGGCACCGGAGCCAAGCAGCCGGAGUAUCAGUUUGCGGCGGACAAUCGCGGCUACGAGUCCGAUAGCCAUGCCAGCAAUGGCAAGCAGCAGGACGUAGAGCGGGACGCCCCCGAUCACGGGGGUCACGGGGGUCAUGGGCCACCCGGCAAUGGCGGCGGCAAGGGGGGCAAGCCCGGCAAGGGCCGAAAGAAGUCCAUCCCCCUGCCGGAACCCACCGCCCCGAUAGUCGCCAACUUCGAGAGGGCCAUCGAAUUGUGCGGCUAUGGCAAGUUCCAUUAUAUACUGCUGGCCAUCUGCGGAUUGGUCAGCACAUCGGAGGAGAUGGACGUCAUCUCGAUGUCCUUCAUCCUGCCGUCGGCGGAAUGUGACCUGGAUCUGAACACGGAGACCAAGGGCUGGCUGAACUCGAUCAUCUUCAUCGGCAUGAUGGUGGGCGCCUACUUCUGGGGCAGCAUCGCCGACAGUUUUGGCCGCAAGAAGGUCCUCAUCGUCAUCUCGUUUAUGAACGCCUUCUGCAUCGUCGCCUCGUCCUUCUCGCAGUCCUACAGCUUCUUCAUGCUCUUCCGAUUCCUCAAUGGUGCAGCUUUGGGCGGCAGUGGUCCUGUGAUCUGGUCGUACUUCGCCGAAUUCCAACCGAAGGCAAAGCGCGGCUCCAUGCUAAGCUUCAUGGCCGCCUUCUGGACGUUCGGCAACCUGUUCGUGGCCAGUUUGGCCUGGCUGAUCAUCCCCCGAUCGAUCGGCUUCAUAACGCCCUACUUUAGGUACAACUCGUGGAGGAUUUUCCUGCUGGUCUGCUCACUGCCCUCGUUCCUGGUCGGUUUCCUGCUCUUCUACCUGCCGGAAUCACCGAAAUUCCUGCUGACGCGCGGCAAAAAGGAUCGCGCCCUGGCUAUUUUCCGUGGCAUUUUCGUCACGAACACGAAACGUCGGCCCGACGAGUACAUGGUCUAUGACCUGGAGGUCGACGAAAAGCUGCUGGAGAGCAAUGGCAGUACGAAGAACAAGUAUAGCCGCAUGAUCAGCGGGAUGGUCGAUCACAGUCGCGCCUUGUUCAAGUCGCCCAUUCUGCGAUUCACCAUCGUCUCGAUCACGAUCAACUUUACAUUCCACAUUGGCUACUAUGGCCUGUUGAUGUGGUUCCCGGAGCUGUUCAAUCGCUACGAGGAGUACGAGAGUGCCUUCCCGGGCAAAUCGGCCGGCGUUUGUACAGUCACCGAGUACGUGGUCAAGAAGGGCAGGGAGCAAAUCACAAAUGGCACCUGCUCGUCGGAAAUUCCGCAAUCGGUGUUCAUGGAAUCGCUGAUAUCGCUGGCCUCCGCCCUGCCGGCCAAUCUGAUGGCCAUCCUGGGCAUGGACAUGCUGGGCAGGAAGUUCUUCCUGAUCGCCGGCACCAUGACCGCCGGCAUCUGCUCGGCGCUGAUGUACUUUGUGCGCAGCUCCGUCCAGAAUCUGGUCGUCUCGGCCAUCUUCAGUGGCGCCAUAUCGGCGGCCAAUGCGGCACUCGACUGCCUCAUCACCGAAGUAUUCCCCACCAAGCUGCGGGCCACCGGUGUGGCCAUCUCGAUGGUGGCCGCCCGCUUGGGCGGCAUCAUUGGCAACAUCGUGAUCGCCCAGCUGCUGGACCACUACUGUCCAUCGCCCACGUUCAUCGUGUCGGGCCUGCUCAUCGGCGGCGGUCUCAUGUGCCUCCUGUUGCCCAAUACGACGCGCAAGGAACUCAACUAAAUGCCUAUACAACUAAUGAUAGCCCCCAGCCAAAACCCAUAGAACCUUCUUCUAAAACUAACCACCGUAUGCCCUGUGCUGAGAUGAUAUUUCAUCAUCUUGGGUUCAGGACGUAUGGCUUAAAUAUUUUUAUUUAAAACACCAAUCAGAAAUAGUUAACAGAACCCCCCCACCCGACCCACAAGUAAUUUCCAUUCGCCCCAUCCCGCCAGAGGAUCGGGGUUUAUCUGUGUAUAUAUGGUAUGUGUGUGCUACAAUACACGAUUAUUUGUAUCGUCAGUAAUUAUUUAACGAUAGCAAUAACGAUUUUCUUUGUGUGUCUAAUUUUAAACGCCCCACCCCCACCCCGCCCCUACAAAUGUCUAUCUAUCUAUUGGAAUUUAAACGAACCAACAAAAAUCAAUCAGAAAUGGGCAAGAGAAAGGCCAUCCCAUAUCGAGAGAAAAGAAAAGUGAUGAUAUAGAAGAUAUAUCAAGAGAGAGAUUAGAAUCCGAUUUUGGAUGGCAUCAUCUUGCCCAGAUGAUAAACAAAGAAAACCCCAAGCCAGCGAGAAGAUAUAGCAGGUAGGAUCGAUAGAAGUCGAUGUAUAUGUUUAUGUACGAUAUGUAGAGAGUAAUAUAUAUUUGGCAAGCGCCGGCGCCGGCUGAAGCAGCAGCAGAGGGGCUGAGUAACGGUAAAGAUAAGGCCAGGAACAGGGGAUCCGAACCCAGAACCCAGAAGAACAUGAGCGUUAUCGGGUCCAUAGUAUCGCCAUCGUUCUCGCCACUCUGCUGUCCGUUAUUGUUGUUAUUAUUGCUAUUAUUAAUGCAUCCAAUGUAAAACACAUACGUAUAUAACUUUAUCUAUAUAUUAAACAUAUAAUAUCAAAACCAAUUUUUUUUUUUGUUUUUUUUUCGUCAUGUAGGACCAAAGCACAGGAAGUGAAAAAAUAUUUGUAAAAUUUAGUUACGUUAUUACAAGUUACGCUACAUAUAUACAACAAAAACUAAUAAAAAAAAAGAACAAACCACGAA